UGCUGUUGCAAAUCAAGUGACACCAUUAAACUAUGACAUAGCCGGAGAAAUAGAAAUCUCUUUUACUGCAUCGAAUGAGGACAUUGAUGUUUCUGUUGAUAAGAUAGAAUUAAUUGCAUGUGAACAGUCAACCUCAGCAGGUCCAACCACUGUUUCAUCAGCUACAUCGGGACCUCCGAUGACUAGUGGAAUCACAGGUUUACCAAGUAUAACGACAGUGCCACUAGUAGGUCAAACAGGAGGACCACCAUCUACUACAGCAGUUCCAUCGACGACAGGUGCAACCGAAGGAACAACAUCUUCAACGGUAGCAGGACCAUCGGGUUCAACUUCAGGUGCACCGAGUACAACAACAGCACCAUCGACAGGUCCAACAGAAGGACAAUCAACUUCAAUGGCGACACCGACGCCAUCACCUGCACCGGAGGAAUGCCCAUCUAUUAAUUUGAUGGAAGACUCAGGAGUUGGUCUGUCAAUAUCAUAUGACGAUGAGAUAAUAUCAGCUGACGCUUUAAUUGGUCUUCAAAACUCGGAUGAUAAUCGAAGUUUAACUGUACAGUCAUCAUCGACAUUAACUAUUUCACUUACCCAAGUAUCAAGACUUAUGUCAAUCAAUGUGAAUGGAGACAAUAUUCAGGAGAUUACAUUGACUUAUAUAGAUGAAAUCACAAACGUGAUCAAAACGGUCAUGAUUAGCAGUAAUGAAAAUACAUUAUUGAAUUAUGACGCUGCGAAAGUAUUAAAAAUUUCCUUUACUGGAGUUGAAGACAAUGAUGUGUCCAUUGAUAUGAUUGAAUUGAUUGUCUGUGAUCUACCAAGAACGUCAUCUUUAACAACAGGUCCACAUAUAAUGACUUCAGAACCACUUGCAAAUUCGAUUAUACCUUCCUUGACUACAGCAACAGCAACACCAUGCGAUUCAGUCGAUGGUAUGUCAAGUCCUGCAUUAAUUCCUGACGGAAGUAUUGAAAUAAAUGUUCCAACACAAAACGAUAUAGAGAAAAUUCGACCUGGAGGAGAUUUAUUAAUCAUAUUCGACGAAAAGAGUGAAAACCCUACGAUAUCUAUUUUGCUUAGACAGAAACCAGAGUUAGGAAGUGUAGAAAUUUACCCGAGUUCUAAUGAAAGUAAUGUAAAUACAUACAUUGUCAGUGUACAAGAUUCUAAAGAUAUAUUACCACACCAGAUUGGAAAGGUUUACAAUGGAGACGAAAUAGCAACAUUCCCCUCUGGUGUAUUUGCAGACAAAGUUAUCAUUACACUAUUGGCAAAGAAUAAUCCUAAUCAACCGUACUAUGUAGACGUCAAACUCAAUGCCUGUUUUAUUGUAGCACCAUCUACAAAAGUGUCCACAGGGCCACCAUCUAAAACUGGAGGACCAUCUCCAGUAGUAACCACAAGUCUACCUUCUGCAACAGGAACAUCAUCUUCAGGUGUAAGCACUGGUCCACCUUCUGCAACUAGAGAACCAUCUACUGCAAAACCAACAGGUCAACCUCCUGCAACAAUAGCACCAUCUCAAGGUGUAAGUACCGGACCACCUUCUACAACUGGAGGACCAUCUCCAGUAGUAACCACAGGUCAACCUUCUCCAACAGUAGCACCAUCUCCAGUUGUAAGCGCUAGUCCAUUUUCUACAACUGGAGGACCAUCAGAAGAUAUCACCACAGCUCAAACUUCUGGAACAGAGACACCAUCUUCAGUUGUAAAUACUGUUUCACCUUUUACAACGAGGGGACCAUCAUCGGAAACAACACCGGGUCUACCUCCUGCAACAUCAGCACCAUCUCAAAGAGUAAGCACUGGUCCACCUUCUGCAACUGGAGGACCAUCUCCAGCAAUAACCACAAGUCAGCCUUCUGCAACAAGAACAUCAUCUCCGGUUGUAAGCACUGGUCCACCUUCUGCAACUGGAGGACCAUCUCUAGUAGUAACCACUAGUCUACCUUCUGCAACAGGAACACCAUCUCCAGUUGUAAGCACUGGUCCACCUUCUGCAACUGGAGGACCAUCUCCAGUAGUAACCACAAGUCUACCUUCUACAACAGUAGCACCAUCUCCAGUUGUAAGCACUGGUCCACCUUCUGCAACUGCAGGACCAUCUCCAGUAGUAACCACUAGUCUACCGUCUGCAACAGGAACACCAUCUCCAGUUGUAAGCACUGGUUCACCUUCUGCAACUGGAGGACCAUCUCUAGUAGUAACCACAAGGCUACCUUCUGCAACAGGAACACCAUCUCCAGUUGUAAGCACUGGUCCACCUUCUGCAACUGGAGGACCAUCUCUAGUAGUAACCACAAGGCUACCUUCUGCAACAGGAACACCAUCUCCAGUUGUAAGCACUGGUCCACCUUCUGCAACUGGAAGACCAUCUCCAGUAGUAACCACUAGUCUACCUUCUGCAACAGGAACACCAUCUCCAGUUGUAAGCACUGGUCCACCUUCUGCAACUGGAGGACCAUCUCUAGUAGUAACCACAAGGCUACCUUCUGCAACAGUAGCACCAUCUCCAGGAGUAAGCACUGGUCCACCUUCCGCAACUGGAGGACCAUCUCCAGUAGAAACCACUAGUCUACCGUCUGCAACAGGAACACCAUCUCCAGUUGUAAGCACUGGUCCACCUUCUGGAACUGGUGGACCAUCUCCAGCAGUAACCACAAGUCAACCUUCUGCAACAGGAACACCAUCUCCAGUUGUAAGCACUGGUCUACCUUCUGCAACUGGAGGACCAUCUCCAGUAGUAACCAAAAGUCUACCUUCUUCAAAAGGAACACCAUCUCCAGUUGUAAGCACUGGUCCACCUUCUGCAACUGCAGGACCAUCUCCAGUAGUUACCACUAGUCUACCGUCUGCAACAGUAGCACCAUCUCCAGUUGUAAGCACUGGUCCACCCUCUGCAACUGGAGGACCAUCUCCAGUAGAAACCACUAGUCUACCGUCUGCAACAGGAACACCAUCUCCAGGUGUAAGCACUAGUCCACCUUCUGCAACAGGAACACCAUCUCCAGUUGUAAGCACUGGUCCACCUUCUGGAACUGGAGGUCCAUCUCCAGUAGUAACCACUAGUCUACCGUCUGCAACAGGAACACCAUCUCCAGGUGUAAGCACUGGUCCACCUUCUGCAACUAGAGGACCACCUCCAGUAGUAACCACAAAUAUACCUUCUGCUACAGGAACACCAUCUCCAGUUGUAAGCACUGGUCCACCUUCUGCAACUGGAGGACCACCUCCAGCAGUUACCACAAGUCAACCUUCUGCAACAGGAACACCGUCUCCGGUUGUAAGCACUGGUCCACCUUCUGCAACUGGCGGCCCAUCUCCAGUAGUAACCACUAGUCUACCGUCUGCAACAGGAACACCAUCUCCAGUUGUAAGCACUGGUCUACCUUCUGCAACUGGAGGUCCAUCUCCAGUAGUAACCACAAGUCUAACGUCUGCAACAGGAACACCCUCUCCAGGUGUAAGCACUGGUCCACCUUCUGCAACUGGAGGACCAUCUCCAGUAGUAACCACAAAUCUACCGUCUGCAACAGGAACACAAUCUCCAGUUGUAAGCACUGGUCUACCUUCUGCAACUGGAGGACCAUCUCCAGUAGUAACCACAAGUCUACCUUCUACAACAUUAGCACCAUCUCCAGGAGUAAGCACUGGUCCAACUUCUGCAACUGGAACACCAUCUCCAGUAUUAACCACUAGUCUACCGUCUGCAACAGGAACACCAUCUCCGGUUGUAAGCACUGGUCCAUCUUCUGCAACUGGAGGACCAUUUCCAGUAGUAACCACAAAUCUACCUUCUGCAACAGGAACACCAUCUCAAGUUGUAAGCACUGGUCCACCUUCUACAACUGGAGGACCAUCUACUGCAAAAACCACAGGUCAACCUCCUGCAACAGAAGCACCAUCUCCAGGUGUAAGUACCGGUCUACCUUCUACAACUGGAGGAACAUCUGCAGCAGUAACCACAAGUCUACCUUCUGCAACAGUAGCACCAUCUCCAGGUGUAAGCACUGGUCUACCUUCUGCAACUGGAACAUCAUCUCCAGUUGUAAGCACUGGUCCACCUUCUGCAACUGCAGGACCAUCUCCAGUAGUUACCACUAGUCUACCGUCUGCAACAGUAGCACCAUCUCCAGUUGUAAGCACUGGUCCACCUUCUGCAACUGGCGGCCCAUCUCCAGUAGUAACCACUAGUCUACCGUCUGCAACAGGAACACCAUCUCCAGUUGUAAGCACUGGUCUACCUUCUGCAACUGGAGGUCCAUCUCCAGUAGUAACCACAAGUCUACCGUCUGCAACAGGAACACCAUCUCCAGGUGUAAGCACUGGUCCACCUUCUGCAACUGGAGGACCAUCUCCAGUAGUAACCACAAAUCUACCGUCUGCAACAGGAACACAAUCUCCAGUUGUAAGCACUGGUCUACCUUCUGCAACUGGAGGUCCAUCUCCAGUAGUAACCACAAGUCUACCGUCUGCAACAGGAACACAAUCUCCAGGUGUAAGCACUGGUCCACCUUCUGCAACUGCAGGACCAUCUCCAGUAGUAACCACAAAUAUACCUUCUGCUACAGGAACACCAUCUCCAGUUGUAAGCACUGGUCCACCUUCUGCAACUGGAGGACCAUCUCCAGUAGUAACCACAAAUCUACCUUCUGCAACAGGAACACCAUCUCAAGUUGUUAGCACUGGUCUACCUUCUGCAACUGAAGGUCCAUCUCCAGUAGUAACCACAAGUCUACCGUCUGCAACAGGAACACCAUCUCCAGGUGUAAGCACUGGUCCACCUUCUGCAACUGGAGGACCACCUCCAGCAGUUACCACAAGUCAACCUUCUGCAACAGGAACACCGUCUCCGGUUGUAAGCACUCGUCCACCUUCUGCAACUGGCGGCCCAUCUCCAGUAGUAACCACUAGUCUACCGUCUGCAACAGGAACACCAUCUCCAGUUGUAAGCACUGGUCUACCUUCUGCAACUGGAGGACCAUCUCCAGUAGUAACCACAAAUAUACCUUCUGCUACAGGAACACCAUCUCCAGUUGUAAGCACUGGUCCACCUUCUGCAACUGGAGGUCCAUCUCCAGUAGUAACCACAAGUCUACCGUCUGCAACAGGAACACCAUCUCCAGUUGUAAGCACUGGUCCACCUUCUGCAACUGGAGGUCCAUCUCCGGUAGUAACAACAAGUCUACCUUCUGCAACAGUAACACCAUCUCCAGUUGUAAGCACUGGUCCACCUUCUGCAACUGGAGGACCAUCUCCAGUAGAAACCACAAGUCUACCUUCUACAACAUUAGCACCAUCUCCAGGAGUAAGCACUGGUCCAACUUCUGCAACUGGAACACCAUCUCCAGUAUUAACCACUAGUCUACCGUCUGCAACAGGAACACCAUCUCCGGUUGUAAGCACUGGUCCAUCUUCUGCAACUGGAGGACCAUCUCCAGUAGUAACCACAAAUCUACCUUCUGCAACAGGAACACCAUCUCAAGUUGUAAGCACUGGUCCACCUUCUACAACUGGAGGACCAUCUACUGCAAAAACCACAGGUCAACCUCCUGCAACAGAAGCACCAUCUCCAGGUGUAAGUACCGGUCUACCUUCUACAACUGGAGGAACAUCUGCAGCAGUAACCACAAGUCUACCUUCUGCAACAGUAGCACCAUCUCCAGGUGUAAGCACUGGUCUACCUUCUGCAACUGGAACAUCAUCUCCAGUUGUAAGCACUGGUCCACCUUCUGCAACUGCAGGACCAUCUCCAGUAGUUACCACUAGUCUACCGUCUGCAACAGUAGCACCAUCUCCAGUUGUAAGCACUGGUCCACCUUCUGCAACUGGCGGCCCAUCUCCAGUAGUAACCACUAGUCUACCGUCUGCAACAGGAACACCAUCUCCAGUUGUAAGCACUGGUCUACCUUCUGCAACUGGAGGUCCAUCUCCAGUAGUAACCACAAGUCUACCGUCUGCAACAGGAACACCAUCUCCAGUUGUAAGCACUGGUCUACCUUCUGCAACUGGAGGUCCAUCUCCAGUAGUAACCACAAGUCUACCGUCUGCAACAGGAACACAAUCUCCAGUUGUAAGCACUGGUCUACCUUCUGCAACUGAAGGUCCAUCUCCAGUAGUAACCACAAGUCUACCGUCUGCAACAGGAACACCAUCUCCCGGUGUAAGCACUGGUCCACCUUCUGCAACUGGAGGUCCAUCUCCGGUAGUAACAACAAGUCUACCGUCUGCAACAGUAACACCAUCUCCAGUUGUAAGCACUGGUCCACCUUCUGCAACUGGAGGACCAUCUCCAGUAGAAACCACAAGUCUACCUUCUACAACAUUAGCACCAUCUCCAGGAGUAAGCACUGGUCCAACUUCUGCAACUGGAACACCAUCUCCAGUAUUAACCACUAGUCUACCGUCUGCAACAGGAACACCAUCUCAGGUUGUAAGCACUGGUCCACCUUCUGCAACUGGAGGACCAUCUCCAGUAGUAACCACAAAUCUACCUUCUGCAACAGGAACACCAUCUCAAGUUGUAAGCACUGGUCCACCUUCUACAACUGGAGGACCAUCUACUGCAAAAACCACAGGUCAACCUCCUGCAACAGAAGCACCAUCUCCAGGUGUAAGUACCGGUCUACCUUCUACAACUGGAGGAACAUCUGCAGCAGUAACCACAAGUCAACCUUCUGCAACAGUAGCACCAUCUCCAGGUGUAAGCACUGGUCUACCUUCUGCAACUGGAACAUCAUCUCCAGUUGUAAGCACUGGUCCACCUUCUGCAACUGCAGGACCAUCUCCAGUAGUUACCACUAGUCUACCGUCUGCAACAGUAGCACCAUCUCCAGUUGUAAGCACUGGUCCACCUUCUGCAACUGGAGGACCAUCUCCAGUAGUAACCACUAGUCUACCGUCUGCAACAGGAACACCAUCUCCAGGUGUAAGCACUGGUCCACCUUCUGCAACAGGAACACCAUCUCCAGUUGUAAGCACUAGUCCACCUUCUGCAACUGGAGGUCCAUCUUCAGUAGUAACCACAAGACUACCUUCUGUACCAGUAGCACCAUCUCCAGGAGUAAGCACUGGUCCACCUUCUCCAACUGUAGGACCAUCUCCAGCAGUAACCACAAGUCAGCCUUCUGCAACAAUAGCACCAUCUCCAGGUGUAAGCACUGGUCUACCUUCUGCAACAGGAACACCAUCUCCAGGUGUAAGCACUGGUCUACCUUCUGUAACUGGAGGACCAUCUCCUCCAGUAGUAACCACAAGUCUACCUUCGGCAACAGUUGGACCAUCUCCAGGUGUAAGCACUGGUCCACCUUCUACAACUUUAGGACCAUCUCCAGCAGUUACCACAGGUCAACCUUCUGCAACAGUUGCACCAUCUCAAGGUAUAAGCACUGGACCACCUUCUACAACUGAACUAACACCAGGUCUACCACCUGCAACAAUAGCACCAUCUGUAGGUGUUAUCACUGGUCAACCUUCUACAACUGGAGGACCAACACAAGAAAUCACCACAGGUCAACCUUCUGAAACAGGAACACCAUCUCCAGGUUUUUGUAAAUUUACUCAAAACGAGUUUUUUGAUAACUUUGGGUAUGAACAAAUGGGACUUAUUGGAUAUAUUGAGAAAGAUAACCAGCCAGGAAUAACUGAUAACGAGGAAAAGAUUUAUAUCGGAUCUACCGUGGAGGCAGGUGUUGUUGUCGUGGUGGGAUGUAGUAACUGUUCAUGCGAAGAAGACGGAACAAUUGGUUGUGAGAUUGGAGAGUGUCAAGAUUGUAAAUAUUCAGAUUGGGGAGAAUGGUCUCAAUGUACAAGGGAUUGUGAUGUGGGAUCAAUGUCUAGAACACGCACCAAACUCUCCUUGACAACACCGGAUAGGUGCCCAGAUGACUUGAUUCAGAGGCAAGAUUGUAAUAUUCACAGUUGUCCUAAACCAACAACGGCGGAAAUUUGUGGACCUUGGGAUGAUUGGACGGAUUGUAGUGUUGACAGCAGCAACCCGACGUGUACAGAAGGUACAAGGUCGAGACAACGAAAUUGUACUGGUGAAAUUAUACGUGAAGUACAAAGCUGUUCAAAUGACUGUCCUCCAAAUCCAGAAUGUGAGGAACCUAGAAUCUUACUGACAAAACCUAGAUGUGAGAUGUCAUGCUUUACCUUACAAAAUCCUGAAACUUGUUCUGAAGAUGAAGACUUCGAACCAAGGUGUGGUUGUAAAGAAGGAUAUGUUAUUGAUGAAGCCACUGAAGAUUGUGUUCCUGUAGAGUACUGUGUCUGCUACAAAUCUGACGGGGUACCAGUUAAUGUUGGAAUGUCUUUCCCAGGCCCUUCAGCCUGUCAGGAAUGCAUUUGUAAUGGACCAUCAAACUAUUUUUGCUAUGAAAAACCAGAUUGUUGUGAAUGGAACGGUUGGACAGACUGGGGUGAAUGCGAUUCCAAUUGUGAAACUGGUGUCAAAAGGCGCUAUAGAACUUUGAAUAUUGGGGAGUUGGAAUUUUGUGGUAAUGACAUGGAAACCGAAAGUUGUGAACCUAAGGACACAACGGAAUGUCACGUGUGCGAGGUUGAUGGUGUAUCUUAUGCACUCGGAGAUCUCAUCAGUACACAGAAUAAUGCAUGUGUCAAAUGUUACUGUUAUUCUGAUGGCCCACAGUGUGUUAAUGACCCAAAUACAAGCGUUAAUGGAAAUUGGAAUGAAUGGACAUCAUGGUCAAUAUGCACAACAUCUUGUGAAGGUGGCAUGAAGACUAGAACAAGACAGUGCAAUAAUCCGCUACCUAUGUGUAACGGGUCACCUUGUGAAGGUCAAAAUCAAGAAUAUGAACAUUGUAACAUCGAUGUUUUAUGUUGUACAACAAAUGAUUGGAGCGAUUGGACAGAAUGCCCAACAAGUUGCAGUAAUGGUGAAAAUCAAAUACGGACUCGCCAGUUUGUUAUGCCGUUUAAUUCAACAAGUUGUCCUGGUGUUGAACUGGUUGACACUCGUGAAUGUAGCUUUACUAAUUGUGAAUGUAUCUAUAACUAUGUCCCGGCUGAUCAAUGUUACAGUAAUAAUGGAGAAGACUGUGGCAGUGGUGUAAGAGAAUUACAGGGCACUUUACAAAGUGGUAGUGAGGAUUGUGCUGACCGCGAUACAAUUUAUGAACAAUGCCAUCUUCCAUCAUGUGUAUGUGACAAGGAAAAUGAAAUGUGGAGUGUAUAUUCUACAUGUGUUGAAAAGUAUUGUGCCAACAUAACAAGUCCUGUAGAAAUUAGUGCUGAUUGUGAUCACGAAGGCUGUAUAUGUGGAGAAGGUUAUUUUAGGAAUGAAUUACGUGAAUGUGUAACAUUUGAGGAGUGUGCUAAAUGUCGGUACAAUGGCGUGGAUUAUAUGCCGGCUGAUUUCAUAAACUCUGAGGAUCGGUGUGAAAUUUGCGAAUGUAUAAAUGGUGAAGUAAAAUGUACGAGACAGUGUAAUGAACCUACUGAAUGUCUACCGGGCGAAGUACUUGAUUACGAAACAGACGAUGCUUGUUGUCGAUCAUGUAUUCCAGAGCAGACUACAUGUAAAAUGGUUACUGAACGUAAGGUUCUUGAAUAUGGCAUUGGAUCCAGCCUUUGUCGUACAAAUGGAAGUAUAGAAAUAUCAUACUGUUCUGGUGGAUGUGGAACCAGUUUUAUGGCGCCCCUUCUUGUACUAGAGGGAAUAGAUACUUCAAUUUCCUUUAACAAACAAUGCAAAUGUUGUUCAGGAACAACUGAAAGAUUCCAGAUUUUGGAUAUUGUCUGUGUUGACCCAGCUGGACCGAUAAAGGCUUACAUUCCUGUUAUAAAACCUGGGUCCUGUAAAUGUGAUGCUUGUUUAAUAACAGCAUCUGGAGUGGUACAAGAAAAAGCUGCGAAAAUAAUCGAUAAUCUGAACGAUAUAUUAUAGUACUUUCCAUAUUGAAUUGUUAUUAAUAAAUGUUUGCAUUGCA